GGCUGGUGGAGAUGCCACUCUGUCUCUGCGCGCCUGGGUACCAUUCGGAAGACGGCAGCCGCACCUAUUGGAUCUGUAGUUGCACUUUCCCUGAAGAUAAUGUAAAAACGCUCAUUGCACACACACACACCCACCCCAGAGCUACAUUGGAGUGCAACCAUGUUGACGAGACUGUUCAGUGACCCCUCCCUGCUCCCCGAGGUUCAGAAGUAUUCGGGCUGGACGGAGGACAGCGGGAGCGAGGACUCCAAGGCGAAGGACGAUGACCCGGACCGGGGCUGUGCGCUGAAGGACGGUGACCCGGACCGGGGCUGUGCGCUGAAGGACGAGAAGAUGGAGGAGGAGGACGAGUUCCUCGAGGAUGACAGCCGGGCAACCUCAGAGAUGGCCGCCGAAGACGAGGAAGAAGACGAAGGGGAAGAAGACGACGGGGGUGAAGAGGCUGAGGGCGACAGGCCUAAAAAACGAGGCCCGAAGAAGCGGAAAAUGACCCCAGCCCGGAUUGAGCGCUCCAAAUUGCGUAGACAGAAGGCGAAUUCUCGGGAACGCACCCGCAUGCACGACCUCAACUCUGCCCUGGAUAACUUGCGCAAGGUGGUGCCCUGUUACUCCAAGACGCAAAAACUUUCCAAAAUCGAGACACUGCGGCUGGCCAAGAACUACAUCUGGGCCCUGUCCGAGAUCCUGCGCUCGGGAAAGAGACCAGACGUGGUGUCCUACGUGCAGACUUUAUGCAAGGGCCUCUCGCAGCCCACGACCAAUCUGGUGGCCGGCUGCCUUCAGCUCAACUCCAGGAACUUCUUGACGGAGCAAUGCCAAGAAGGCGGGCGCUUCACUGGUCCAAACUCGUCCUUCUCCAUGCACCCAUACCCCUACCAGUGUUCCCGGCUGUCCAGCCCGCAAUGCCAGUCCAGCUCCAUACCCAAUUCCCACACAUUAAGGACACACGCCUAUUGUUCCACCUACGAGUCUCUCUAUACGGGGAACGCGUCCCCAGAGUACAACAGCUCCGAGUACGAGGGUCCCCUGAGCCCACCUCUGUGUGUUAAUGGCAAUUUCUCUGUCAAACAGCAGGACUCGUCUUCUCCGGACCACGACAAGAACUACCACUACUCUAUGCACUACCCGGCCCUGCCCAGCUCCCGCCCCCCGGGACACAACCUGGUGUUCAGCUCGACUGGAAUGCGAGGCGGGGUACAUUCUGAAAACGUGCUGCCUUAUCACGAUAUGCACAUGCAUCACGACAGGCCGCCCAUGUACGAAGAACUCAAUGCGUUUUUCCACAACUAGCUAACCUUUUCACACCGACUGACACCAGCAACGAAGCUGGUACACAGUAUACUGUAACAGGACUCUGUUAAAAUGAUACAGUUAUUUAGAGCCCCCACCCCCCACACCCCUUCACUCCACACAGACACGCUACAGUCCCCCUCCACCCACCACCACCAUUUCAACAUUUAAAAAAGCCUCAUCUUGAUGUUUUUAUAUUGUGUUUAAUGUUGAAAGGGUUCAGUUAGUACGUAUACAGACCCAGCUCUCUCUCUCUCUCUCUCUCUAUAUAUAUAUAUAUAAAACGAACGAACCCUACAGAAAUAAAUACACGUUCACAAACGAACGAAUCCUACAGAAAUAAAUACACGUUCACAAACGAACGAACCCUACAGAAAUAAAUACACGUUUACAAACGAACGAACCCUACAGAAAUAAAUACACGUUUAUAAUUAUCUGCUAUAACUUACGAUUUAUUAAAGUUAAACCCUAUA